AUGCCAGCGCCCACCCCCACACGGGCAGCCCCCAGGCCCGGCUCCUGCCGGGCUGGAGGCCCUGAGCCCCACCACAUGGCCACCCCAGCUGCCUUCAUCCUUCAGAGCCCUGUUGGGCUGGCACCAGGGAACCUGGCCUCCUCACUCAUAAAAGGGGAACCGUGCCACCCGCCCCCUGCCUGGUGCACGGAGGUGUCAGGAUGGACCGAAAGAGGCGAAAGAGCCCUGGGCAAGGCGUGUGAGCGCCUCCGUUUCUUCCCUGCAAAGCGGCUCACUGCCCACCCUGCGCGCUGCACCCGGACGCUGGAGCCUCCCCGCCCCCGCCGCCCGUCCCUGCCCUUCACCCCGGGCCCUGGCGGCCCGAGCGCCCGGGAUCCGACCUCCCGCUCUGCCUCCGCGCUCAGCACCGCCCCCGCCGCGGCCACAGGUGCGCGGGCCGCCGGUGCUCCGGCCCCGCCCGCGCUGACCGCGGCGGGGCGGCGCCAGGCGAGCGGGCGGCGCGAUCCAGACGCCCGGGCGGGAGCCGCGGGCCCGACCCCUCCCCGCUCGUCCGCGUCGGCGCCGCGCGUGGGCCCCGCGCCAGCGGAGACAUGA